AUGCAGCAACCUGUAGAGAAGGAAUCCAAGGAAAACUAUCGAAGGUUCUUCUUCUCCAGGCGCAACCGGAAAUUUCCCAUCAUUCCUCCACGUCUUCCCUUCCGACCUGGUUCCAAGAACAACAUCUCCAUGGCAACAUCUACUACUACAAUUGCGCCCUCUACCCUUAGUCCUAAAUAUCACACUGACGACGAAGAUCCAUUUGAAAUAUCAUCUUCAGUGGACAGCCCUGCUGUUUUCUGGCCAGUUCGAAGAAAAGUACCUUCACGAAUAUUUAACCCUCCCACACCAACAUCGACCACCCCUCGGCCACUUCUAAAGUUAUUGCAGCCCAAACCAACAAGGCCAGCUAUGUACAGUUUGCAUGGUUUUGUGCCCGAGCCAUCAAUAAGAAGGAUAACAACAACAGAAGCACCGUCUUAUAUUAAAGAACUUUAUAAGAUCCGAAAUUCACAAAUAUUAUCUACAAGAAAGAAUAAGGUUUGGCACCUGUGUCCUGGGGGCUAUACUGUAUUUCGGCAUAGUUUUCUAUGUCCAAAUGGUACAAUAUUUAACGAAGAGCGAGGAAUCUGUGACUGGUGGUACAACGUCCACUGCGAGCGUCUUUGUUGAAACUUCAUAAACCGUCAACAGA